CUCUGGUAUUAAUGGAGAAGAUGAACCUAACAUCAACUCUUCAGCUAGAUUCCUCUUUUUAUCUCUCUCGCUCUCUCUCUUUUAGAUCUCUUUUCGCUCCCAUAUGUCUAUGCUUCUGAGACGGCUCUCGAGUCUCGGACUUGGGAAACCUCAUGUGUCCGUGAGAUCCUCUCUUCUUCUUCACUCUAGAGGAUUCUCAACUUCCUUGCUUCAAACCCCUCCUUGUAGAAUCGUCUUGGCUGAGCCCUGUGGAGGGGAUCUCGGAAAACUUGUGGUAAUGAAUUUAAAUGAACUUGAGUGCAAGGAUUUGGAGAAGAAGGUGCCUCUGGAGUUAGUGGAUGAUGAAGACUCAAAGAUAAUAAUAGGGGCAUCCGGUGGCUGGAUAGCUACUCUAAAGGAAGAUGGAGUGCUGCGUCUCCAAGACGAUUUCAACCCUGUUGCUUCUGAUACAAAUCCGAAACGCAUCCCACUGCCUCCUCUGGUGACUCUGCCUCAUUGCCAAACCAAAAUCAUCACCAACGUGUCAGUGUCCUCAUCUUCUCCAGAGGAUGAUGAGGACUGUGUCGUGGCUAUCAAGUUCUUGGGACCGCAGCUCAGCUUUUGCAAACCAGCCGGUAAGAGUGGUAAACCAGAGUGGACCAACAUCAAGAUCGAAAACCCCUGCUUCUACUCCUCCCGUGUCAUGUUUUCCAAGAAAGACAAUAUGUUUCGUAUUCCCGGAUCUGGAGGCCAUCUCAUCGGUUCAUGGGAUCCCUACAAACCCAGCAAUAACCCACGUUUCAGAGGUUGCGGUUUUAAAACAUGCCCAAGCUCACCAAGGCUAACAGAAUCUUAUGGAUUUGUGCUGCAGGAGCGAGCACUUGUGGAGUCACGACCCACGGGUGAAACUUUCUUGGUCAAGCAGUACAAGAAGACAAUCAAGAUCACCAAGGCUGGUAUUGCUAGAAUGAGAACCAAAGCUUUAAUGGUAUUCAAGCUAGACAAUGAAGGAAAUGCUGUUUACACUCAAGAAAUUGGAGAUCUCGUCACGUUCCUUUCAAUGUCUGAACCUUUCUGUGUCCCUGCUACUUCCUUUCCUGGCUUGUACCCUAACAGUGUCAAAUUCCAUGAUUUCGACGAAUCAGGUUUUGUCGGUCUGAAAUCCACAAGAGUCUGGAGUAGAUCUUAUACAUGUAGUGCCCCUUACUACAUUCCACCACAAAAAUUAUCUAGUCUUAGAUUUGGAUAUCGAGCAUGGGGAAAUGGUUUAGGAGACGAAGAAGACUAG